AUGUCCGCUACUACAACCACUACCACCACCAGGUCGAGUCUUAUGGAAGAUGUUGUUGUCACGCCUAUCAAAAACAAUUUCGGCGCUGAGAUAACCGGGCUGAGCUUUUCUGAAGGCGUCUCCGGGGAAGCAUACCAACUUAUUCACAAUGCGGUGAAGGAGCAUGGCUUUGCCGUGAUUCGCCAAACGGGACUUGACGAUGACAAGCAUCUUGAGCUUGCUCGCAUGUUCGGUGAACUUGACGAUGUGACACCAUACAAUAAAGCUGGACGUGUACACCGACUGAAGUACAACGAGCUGUUUGACGUUGGUAAUAUCAACCUCGACGGCUCCAUUGUCAGUCUUGACAGUGCCCGCGGCGAGGCCAACAAGGGAAAUUCUUUGUUUCAUACAGACUCUAGCUUCAACCCUCGUCGAGCGGGCUACUCUCUUCUCCUCGCACAUGAAUUGCCACCCCCUGGGACUGGAGGCUCAACCUCCUUUGCCGAUAUGAGGGGGGCUUAUCGUGAUCUUGAUGAAAGUUUCAAGAACUUUUUGGUUGAAAAGAACUUCAUUGCUCGUCAUUCGAUCCUUCAUUCCAAGAAGUUGGCCGCUCCCGAGUUUUACAGAGAUAUCGAUCCUGCUCAGCAUUUCAUGAGUCGCCAUUUGCUACUUCAAACCCAUGAGCGUAGCAAAGUUCCCACAAUCUACCUCGCGAAGCAUAUUCAUUCUCUUGAGGGCGUGUCUUCCGAAGAAUCCCAGGCCAUAUUGGAUACCCUCUUCGAGCAUGCCACCCAAGAGAGAUAUGUCAUCGAUAUAGAAUGGAAGGAUGCUGGAGACAUGAUUGUUUGGGACAAUACUUGUACCAUGCAUCGUGCUGUCAGCGGAGAGUUCGUGACCAAAUAUAGGAGGGACAUGCGGCGGGCCACUGUACACGACGACAGCAGUUUAGCGUGGGGGUUCAACUCGAAAAGCAACGAACGGAUGGGUCUACCUUGA